AUGCCGCCAUCCUCAUCCUCUCGUCGGCACACCCUAACACAUGGGGUUUCGACUCCGAAUUUCUUAGCUGAACUUCCUCCGCAAUAUACUGUCGAUGCGGAGUCGUCGCAAAACCCUGUCGCUCGACGACGUCUCUCACAUGGGCCACCACGAUACUCUAAUGCCGUUGCUCUUGAACUUCAACGACAAGGGUCGAGCUCCGGCCAAGGCUCGACCGGUCAGCACCAACACGAAUUUCACAUUAUGAAUGCCAAUAGAAGUCAUGCCUGGACGACCUUACGAAUUUUUAGCCGCAAUGCAGGCUCAACACCUCAAUUCUUUGGGGGAGACUCCAUUUCUGGCUCUGUCGAGCUUGAUUUAGAAAAGCCGCAGAAAAUCAACUCGAUAAUACUCUAUCUUCGUGGAAGAAUAAUUACAAGCUCGCUCGAAGACGGCUCUUAUGCCUUCCUUGACCACGCCGUCGAUAUCUGGAACAAGGACGCUGGAGACCCGCGGGCAACUCAAGCUGGGGGCAAGAGGUUCGACGGAAAACUAGACGGCAAAUAUCGGUGGCCGUUUAACUUCGCCUUCCCUACGGAGUUUACCAUUCCUUCGCAUGGCGGUCAGAUUUCGCAUUCUUUCCAAACCCCGCAGACCUUCCACGAGCGCGGUCUUAACACCACCUUGGAAUAUGAGUUAUUUUUGCACAUCAACCAUGGCAUGUUUCGUGGCAGUAGCAAGUUGCAUGUUGGUGUGGCGUAUGUGCCAAACAUUACGCCAGCCCCAUCAUCACCACUGCGACGGCGGGCUUAUCUUGAAGGUGUAUCUCUUUCCAGUCCGGGAGAGGACUACGCAGGCUGGUAUUCACUCCAUCCUGUCAUCCUUCAAGGGGAGAUGUCAGGCCGCAGCGGCGUAGAGUUCAGGUGUAUACUAUCAUUAGCCAAUCCUCUCACUUAUACCCGCGGCACUGUGCUUCCGUGCUUCAUAAACAUAGAAGCAGUUGACCAGAAAGUCCUGGACACAUUUGCCAAUGCGAAGAUAAUCCGCGUCUGUCUGAAACGUCGAAUAAGCUAUACUCGAAAUGCUUCUUUAGUCCUAGCGCACUUCAAGGCAAACACACGGGGAAAAGGAUCCAGCUUGCGGCAGGACGAAAUGACCGAAAUCGUCGAGGACACAGGGCAAGCUGUGUGGUGGGUCCCUUCGAACGCCGCUUUCUAUGGUCCGAACGUGCGUUGUUUGGAAGGCGAGAUACACCUUCCAAAAAACUUGUACCCCUCCUGUAUGGUGCCUUUCUUGAUCGUCGAGUACUAUGUUGCCCUUUCCAUCGACCUUUCUGACGUAUUUCGAUUCACGUCUGUGGGCUCGCAUGAUAGUCCGAUCAUUUCCCAACCUGUGACCAUUGCGUCGUUCCACGGGGAGGGUCCUCUUCCAGUCGCGUUCACCGCUCCCCCGGGUAAACGCGCUUCAGGUCUCUCCUCCCACAGAAGAGCACAGUCGAAUACGGACGUGUUUAUUACCCCGCGGCACUUAUGA